CGGCUAAAACGAACGAAACAUCUGGACAACAAUAUUAUGCACCGAAAAAUGUUUUAGUCAUUCAGCUAACAGGUCGUGUAGUGGAUGUAUAAAAAUGGCACCAAAACGUGCCGGCUCUUUUAGUCUAAAGAAAGCAUUGAUUCGUUGGUUGGAAGAUAAUCGUGGCAUUGUGAUAUUCUUAUUUUGCCUUCCAGCCAGUUUCAUUUUUGAUUUAGUCUUAGCAUUUAGACUGUGGCUUAAAAAUAGAUUUUUCUCCGCACCAUGGCAACAUGAUAAACGUGUCCAAGACAUUCAGAGUAAAGUUCAGCUGUGGAAUAAAUUGCCACCGAAAGAACGAAAGCCGUUAUGCACUUCACGACCCAAUUGGUUAAGUUUGUCGGUGACUUUUACGAAAAAGGCCCAAUGCCAUCAAGUACCGAUUGACCUGUACGAUAUCUUGGAAUUGGAUGAAAAAAAUUUAACAGUUCGCGUUGAACCUUUUGUGUCGGUUCAUUCCAUCACUGCGUAUUUGAUACCGAAAGGAUAUGCCUUGGCGGUUACUUUAGAGAUCGGCGAUGCUACUUGUGGUGGCCUAGCACUUGCAGUUGGCAUGACAACGCAUUCCCAUAAAGUCGGACUGUACCAAGAAAGUGUUGUGUCCUACGAUGUGGUGCUGGGAGAUGGAAGUUUAGUUCAUGUAACUGCUGACAAUGAAUAUUGCGAUUUGUUUUACUGUCUACCAUGGUCCCAUGGUACACUGGGAUUCUUAGUGGCUGUUGAAUUGAAGAUUAUAAAAGUGAAGCCCUAUGUUCACAUGCGAUAUGUGCCGGUGAAAGGACGUGAUGCAUAUUGCAAUAUGAUACGUGAACUAUCCGGUGCAAAUGAUCGAACAAAACAAACGGCUGAUUAUUUGGAAGCAACUGUGUAUUCGAAAGACAGGGCAGUGAUAAUGAUUGGUAAUUUUGCGGAUGUUAAAACGGAUGCGGACAGGAAGAAGAUAAAUCCCGUAUCCCGAUGGUACAAACCGUGGUGGUUCAAAUAUGUCGAGACUUUUUUGCAUAAGGGCGAAGGAGAUGAAUUCAUUCCAUUGGAGGAUUAUCUGUUACGACAUAAUCGGGCCAUAUUUUGGGUACUCGAAUCAAUGAUACCGUUCGCCAACAAUGUUGUCUUCAGAUGGUUAUUUGGAUGGCUGUGUCCACCGAAACCAGCAUUCCUUAAGUUCACAACUACUCCAGCUAUUCGUGCUAUGACUUUCACAAAGCAAGUGUUUCAGGAUAUUGUAUUGCCGAUGACAGUUCUCGAAGAUUCAAUAGAAACGUCUGAACUAUUGUUUGACACGUAUCCCAUUCUGAUCUAUCCUUGUCGUAUUUACGAUCAUGGACCGAAAAAGAUGGGUCAAUUAAGACCACCAAGACUGGACCAGUUUACACCAGGUACCAAUUACGGUAUGUUCUACGAUUUGGGUGUGUAUGGAACACCUGGUCCGGUAAAACGGCGACAAAAGUAUGAUGCAGUAAAGGCAAUGCGAGCGAUGGAAAAGUUUACACGAGACGCAGGUGGAUAUCCUUUCCUCUAUGCCGACAUUUUCAUGAACCGACAAGAGUUUGAAGAGAUGUUCGAUUUGACGGCAUACGAAUGUGUGAGGAAGAAGUAUAAAGCUGUCGGAUGCUUUCCACAUUUGUACGACAAAGUAAGACCGGAAAUUGAUGUGUUUACGAUCGGUAAACAAUAUGCGGAAGAGUUCGAAUAAGAAGAAUGAAUAUAAAAUUGUUUUCGUUUCCAAAA